CGACCUCGAGCUCGCGACGACGAAUAAACGUGUCGCAUGCCCUCCCGCAUAGCGAACUAGAUAUGCCUCCGAUACGCGACAAGUUCACGAUCCAUUCCAAGGCGGUUGUCUGCCAAGACGUGGAACUGAAAGGGGACAUUACCAUUGGUGCAGGUACCAUCGUGCACCCGAAGGCGACCAUCUUCGCCAUAGCAGGGCCAAUCGUCAUCGGCGCGAACUGUAUCAUCGAGGAGGGUGCCAUCAUCGUCAACCGGAGAAAAGAAGUCAUGCGCGUGGGCGACGACAACCUCUUCGAAAUCGGUUGCCGCGUCGAAUGCCCCUCCAUCGGCUCCUUCAACACCAUCUCCACUCGCGCCCGCGUCCACCACACCGUCCGACUCGGGUCGCACUGCGCGAUCGGACCCUGCUGCCUCGUCGUCCCGCCCGAAGACGAGAGCCUGCCGGACUACACCGUCGUGUACGGUCCCGGGGCAGAACGCCGCACGUGGUCCGGGCGCGGCAAAGUCCAGGAGGCCGAUCUCCGCCGUAAGCACGCCGAGUACCUGCGCGAGAUGCUGCCCAAGUUCAACCGGCUCCGGCGCGGGGACGCGUCCUGAGUAACUUGGCGGACGCCCUCCCCCCUGAUUUGCGACCCUUUUUCUGUCGGAAGCUAUGGGGGUAGGCGAUGCGGCUGCUGUCCCGUUCUCGUGGCCCGCGCGAGCCCGAUAUGAACGGUUCCUCCCCGCUGCGCCAUGGGUGCCAUGACGCAGCAGCGCGCUGCCGGUGCUCGGUGAAGAAACAACUGAACGAGCCUAGAAGGCUGGUCCGGGCACUGUCCGCUGUGCCACGAAGUCUAUAUUUACCUGCUUUGAGCUUGCAGGGUAUGUAUUUUGUUGUCUUAUGCAUUCGGUGGCCCUUUUUUGUCAGGUACCUCGAAAUACAGGUUACAGCUUGCUACCUUGUUUAGCCAUACCCAGCCACAGUGACUCGGACUGCCACCCUCCGGUUAUGUAUGUAUCUACCGGUCCUUGCGGCAAAGCAUGCCAUGGUAAAG